AAAUUCGUCAAAUCGAAGAACUACACAAAGAGCAAGAAGUUCUAAAAAAUGCUAAACUAUCUGAUCAAAAUAAUAAUACAUUUAUCGAACGUAUACAAUUACAAGUUAUUCGAAAUAUUCAUGUUGUCUAUGAAGAUACAUUAAUAAAACUUAGUCAUCCAUUUGCUUUUAGAUUUACACUUAAUUAUAUAAAAUUACAUAUAACAACUUCAGAGUAUCUACCAACAAUAUUUAAAGAAGAUAUACUACUGAUUCAUAAAGUUUGUGAUUUAAAUGCUUUAUCAGUUUUUAUGGAAAUAUUAAUGCUCAAUCAUUAUCCGGAUUAUCAAGAGAUGAAGCUUUUGAUUAUAUUAGUAAUGAAAUCACAUCAACAACAAUUUAAACGACCAAUGUUUGAUAUUAAAGUUGAUUUAGAUGAUAUUAGCUUAAAUAUUAAUCGUGAUCAAGUAAAUUCAAAUAAAGGAAAUGAAAACAAAUUUUUAAAAAAUUUUAUCAUUUGUUUUGUUUUUUUUUUUGUAUUGAUUUACUUGAAUUUCAAAAUUACCUUAAUAUUAAAUCAAAAUAUAUAAAAUAUAUUAAAAAUGAUACACAUGAAAAACCAAGUGUUAGAAAGUAAUUAAUUUGUUUCUUUAAAUUUUAUUCAACAAAAAGAAAUUAUAAUUUUUGUUUUUGUUUUAUAAAGCAAUUGUUAAUGAAGUUCGACCAAGAUUUGAAUGUGGGUGUGGGUGUAGGUAUGGGUGUGGGUGUGGAUGGGUGUGGAUGUGGGUGUGGGGUGUGGGUGUGGGGUAUGGAUAGGUGUUGGUGUGGGUGUGUGGGUGUGAGUGUGAGUAUAGACCUGCAUUCAAUUGACACUCAGACGCACCCCAGCCCCACCGCCACACCCACGCCCACACCUACCCACACCCACGCCCACACCCACACCCCACUCACAGCCACACCCACACCGACCCACACCCCACACCCACACCCCACUCACACACACACCCACACCGACUCACACCCAACACCGCACACCCCAAACUACCUCCAUUUAGAGCCUGUCAAGGAGCAUGCUGACAUAAUAAUCGAUUUAUUCUCUGGUACAUAAAUGCAAAAUGGUGAAUAAAUACAUAGAGUGAUAAAGUAUUUCAAGCUCUAUCAGAAUAUAUAAUUAGCUUUUUUAAAAAGUAUUUCUAAAGCUAAAAAGGUCUUCAAAAAAACUGUACUAGAUGACAAUGAUUGAAUUCAGUGUCGAAGAAUCUCGUGAUGUAGCUCGUUUUAUUACACUUGACUUCUUUUUUCGCCGAUUAGUCUCUUAUAAAACAAUAUCCUCAAAAUACCGACGAAAACUUAUUUUUUCCAAUGGUAUAUAUAUACAUGUAGAUUUCCUCGACUUGAAUCUUCGCAUAAACCUUACUAUUUUCUUUGUUUCCUGCUUGUUAUUAUAAUGCAGAGCCUUGAAUGACAAUUGAUUUAUCCUGAAGCAAGUCGAUUUUUAACAAUUGGAGGCAGCGCGAACAUCACAUGAAGUAGUCAUUUCGAACUACGAAAAUAUGCACUAUUUUGUUUACGUUGUGAAAUUUUUCGUUCUGCUCUGUAUACAUUUGCAAGAUAAGAUGAAAUAGACUUUUGCCGUUCUUUCUUAGCGACAAAUAAUCGAAACUGUGUCGAGAGAUCACGGCAUAGUGUGCGCAAAUAAUAAUGUUUAUAAUAUUUCAGUCAAUAGUCGAGUACACAUAGCUGUUUUCUUCAUUCUCGAUCAUUUCUCCAAAAGAAAAGAAUGCGCUGUCCGUUUCACUACAUACAGUAAUCCGUAUAGGUUUGAGAUGUUUUAGGAACCCUUGACAGCACUCGAAGUAAGUAAAUAGAAAAAUCGCCACACAACAAUAUCUAUAGAGCUUAUCGAGUUCUAAUUGGAACCAGUACAAGCUAAGUUGGAAUCGGCUUUAUAGCGAAUUACGAGAGGAAAUACUUGAAUCCUGGCCAAAGAUAUCCUACGUUUAUUCAUGUGGAUUUUCAUCUUAUCGCUGACAAAGUAUGUGAAUAAGUGAUCGAUACAAAGAAUUUUUCUCAUAGUUAAAUUCAUUUUUCCAAGAUCUUGUUUCUUAUCUUAAUGAUUUAUAUGUUUGAAACGCCCAUUUUUGACCUGAAUCCGACUUGUUGCUUAAAUUUUUCAUUUUUCUCACCAAUCGGAAAUUGGUCCAACCCUCAUUAUGAUUCAUCAGUUGGCAUAUGUAACUUCGUCAAUUGACAAUUUGCUUAAUGUUAUUCUCAAUUUCAUUUGUCAGUUCUUAUCGAAAGUUUGCCAAUCAUCAUCAUGAUCAUAUUUUCUCUUCUUGUCUUUCUAAAAGUGCGGACAUUGGCUAGUUGUCAAGUUCAUAUUGCUCAUUUGA